CCACCCGUCCACACUGUCGCGGUGGCUUGUUUCCCCAUUAUUGCUCUGUCGAUCUAGCGGAUGUACUACGGUUAAGUCUAUUUCUCCACAUGUUCUAUCUUGGCCGUGGCUAGAUUAGUACAUUUUACAUCUAUGAUAUCAGAUUUACCGAUCUCAUGCCGUCACGAGAAAAUAGAGUAGGUUUCCCGUCCUCAUGGAUAUGAGCGGCCCUGUCGUGGUGGAAGGUGGUGGUUAAUCUAAUCAAUCUGAUGGUGGACGGAUCAUGAAUCUUGCUUUGAAGUCCCGAUUAAGAUCAUGGUCGGGAAGGCUAAUGGAAGGAUUUGAUGAAGAUGGCCAGGUAGAUACUAUAUCUCCGAAAUCUAAACCGAAAAAAGGCUCUACCCGCCAAUGGGACGCGUCGUCCAACUGAAUGCGUUAAGCCUAUACAGGACGCAUAGUCCCAUUUACAUCGUUUAUUACCCCAACAUAUCAAGUAGACGGUGAAGGGGUCAAACCCACGCAAAGGUACCUUGGAGACCCUUGUUAUUUUUCAGGUAUGGUGCACCGUUACAUUUACGGAUUUGCAUCGGUGAUAUCUCUCAGAUGGUAUGAAUGCCGACUAGAGUGGAAGAGUGGAUCAUGUUCUUUUUGUACAUAUAUACCCGUACAUCAUUUAUCUUGCACUCUUUCUUUUACCUUCACCUCAAACACAAGUUCUUUGAUCACCUUCAUCAUGCACACCUCUACCUUAACCUCAUUAGUUCUUGCCUUCGGGCUUGCAUCCGCUAGUCGUACUACUUCCCAUGAAAAGAGUUCGGUUUGGGUAACAGAGGUGCCUGACCAUGUACGCCCCUAUGCAAUCGCGCAUUAUGAUGCAGGUGGUUGCAUGGUUGGUAACCAGCUCUAUCGUUUCCCCGUGACCGGACCAUCUUCGGGAUAUGCCUUUUCUCUACUCUCAACAAACGCACCACCAUCGUCUGCUUUGGGAGUUUUUCCUCAUAUUCACCAGGCACAUUACGAGAAUUUCUUCAAUCUCAAAGGCCGCUACCAGCUCUGGACGGAGAAGGAUGGGGUCGAUGAGACAAGAGUCUUGACAGCAGGAGACUUCGGAAGUGUACCAAUUAACACAACCCAUACUUUCCAAUUUCUCGAUCCAGACACUGAGAUGGUCGGGGUUAUCCAACCUGGAGGAUUCGAGUAAGUUGCCCAGACAUGACAAAUUGUAAUGCAACCAGACAUGAAAUUGACACUAGAAUUUAGAAACUUGUUUUACGCGCUUGCAAACUCCAACUGGACUUCAGCUUCCUCAGUAACACAACCACCUUUCGACCCUCUCCUUGUCGUCGCUGCCAGUAACUCUUCCUCAGCUCCAGUUGGCUAUCUUGAGUCAUUCGACGUCUAUACUAAGCCUGACUACGUCCCACGCAGCGAUACUAUAAAUGGUACUGCACCAUUAAACACCACCUGGCACACCGGUCCAAACACCCUCGGCGCCGAAGGUUCUCCAUACUACAUUGCAAAGGACUUCGGACCAAAGUACCUCUACGAUGCUGUUGGCUACCAAAUCAUCCAGCCAUUCAUUACUCCUGUGCAAUCCAAGGGCGAAUUUUCUAUGUCUACCAUUACACUCGACCGCAAGUUGUCUAACGUUACUAUCCCAACAUCGAAAUAUACCGGCCACGCAGCUUUCGAGGUUCUUGAGGGCAUGGUAACUGUUGAAAUGGAAGGCGAGACAUUAUCACUCAUUCAAGGAGAUGUUGUUUUCAUUCCAGGAAACACAACAUACAAGUACUAUAGCACUGUCCACUUCUCGAAAUUCUUGUACGUUGGUGCCGGAGCUAAAGCAAUGGACACUCAGCUCAUCGCUGAUGGUGCUUCGUGGUCAUCCCCAGUGUGGCCAAAGUAUGCUUAAGCAUUUCGUGGUGCGACUUUCCUAUGGUAGCUUAGAUAGGCUACACAAGGCUCACUAGACAAUUAAUGAUAAAUUGUACAAAAAAACAUCUUGAUACUUGAAAUUGCAUUGUCCCAAAAACUACCUUCUGGUGAAACCGCCCCGCACAUCAAGCUGAGCCCCUUCCUCAACAUUCGGACUUGCAAAGACGUUUGCGACAAAAGCCUCGAAGCCUUGUGGAAAAGCUCAUGAUUAUUGGUGUAACAAAUAAUGAAGAUAUUUAUAGAUGACGCGCAAGCACACGUAUU